AUGGGGCAAAGAGGUCAAGUAGGGUGUCUGUUCCUGCUUUUGAUGUUGAGUGAGUUGGUAUCUGUUGAUCUAUGUGGCUCUUCCAGUUCCAGAUCCUCUCUCAGAGACAGUGAUUUUCCAAGACCAAAUCAUGAAUCUUCUCUUAUCCGAUCUUCUUCAUGGGGCCAUGGGGUUCACUCUCAGUUGUUGCCUGUGAAGGUCCAAUGCCUGGAAAUGAAGUUGGUGGCAAAUGUUCAGAGAGAUCUCUUUGGAAAGGGAAAAUUGAUCAACCCUUCAGACUUAAGUCUCGGCCCAUCUUCCUGCCAAUAUACUGCCUUCCAUGAAGCAAAUGAUACUAUUAUCUUUGAGGCAGGGCUCCAUGAGUGUGGUAGUAUGCUUCAGGUGACCACAGACUUACUGGUUUAUCGUAUAAAUCUAUAUUAUAACCCAACUCCUGGUGGAAAUUCCAUCAUCUUAAGAAACAGUCCAGCCGUGAUUUUAAUUGAAUGUUCUUAUCCAAGGAGGAGUAAUGUAAGCAGCAAGGCUAUCCAACCGACCUGGACUCCAUUCAGUUCUAUGCUGUCCUCACAAAAAGGGUUGAAGUUCACCUUGCAAGUGAUGGCUGAUGACUGGAGCACUAAGAGGGUUUCUUCUAGCUAUCAAAUUGGAGAUGUUAUUUCCAUCCAAGCUGAUGUGAACACUGGAAGUCAUGUGGCUCUGAGACUCUUCAUUGACAGCUGUGUGGCCACUUUAAAACCAAACAAAUAUUCAACUCCUCAUCAUGCUAUCAUUGAUUUCCAUGGGUGUCUAGUUGAUGGUCGGUCAGAAAAUGUUGGCUCAACCUUCAUCUCCCCAAGGUCCAAGCCAGAGACCCUUCAGUUUACAAUGGAUGCUUUUAAGUUCUCAAGAGAAGCCAGGGAUCAGAUCUAUAUUACAUGUCACCUAAAGGUCAUUGAAGCUGCUGACCUGCCAGAUCUUUCAAACAAAGCUUGUUUCUUCAACAAAUCAAGCCAGCAAUGGUCUCCUGUAGAAGGUACAGAUGAUAUCUGUAGUUGUUGUGAAACUGGUAGCUGUAGGAAAGUCCAUCUUAGAAACAGACUAACCAGAAGUCAUUGGAAGAGAAAUAUGAUGGAUUGGAAAGAUAUUCCUCAAAAAGAAAAUGAAGCUAAUGUGGUAGUUGGACCCCUGGUCAUUUCUGACAUGACAAUGCAACCUAGCAGCAUAGCUAGUCAGGACAAAAUAGCUACAACCAAUUCCCAAGGUGUGGAGAAAGCACCUCAAAAAGUGCUGCUUGCUGCUGGAUCUGUAGUAUUUUUCUAUCUAUCAUGCUACUCUUGUGGGAAGAUAUGA